GAAGCUGGCAUUUUGGCUUUUCGCGAAAGCAAGGAAAAAAUGGGACUAACUCUCUUGGAACCAAUUAUGGAAUUAGAAGUGACUACUCCCGAGGAUUGUUACGGAGAUGUGUUAAACAACGUAAUUUCUCGCAAAGGAGUAAUUAAUAAAGUAGAAAAAAGCGAAAAAGACCUUACUAUUCACACUCAUGUCCCUUUGGCUAAUUUGCUUGAUUACAACGCUGAACUUCUUAAUGCUACAAGCGGAGAAGGAGUGUUUGACAUGGAAUUAUCUCAUUACCAAAAAGUUCCUAGACAUGCUUACACUGUGGUAGUAGCGGAUGUUAUUGUUCGCUACAAAAAAAGCCAAGGUUAUCAAGUUUACUUCCAAACUGGUAGCGACGACCACGGAGAAAAAAUUGAGAAAAAAGCCGCAACUUUAAAUAUUUCUCCAGCCGAGUUAUUGCUAGAACAAGGCGACAUUUACUUGGGAAAAUAUCAAGGUGAUUAUUGUGUUACUUGUGAGGAUUACGUUAGAAAAAUAGAACCAAAUGAAACACUGAAAGCUGCUGCCAAAAGAGAAAUUUUUGAAGAAACUAAUUUAACAAUUACGGAUUUAGAAAGGAUUGGUGAAGAAACUUUUCAU